AUGCUCAAUGCCCCUUCGGGUCCGAUUCGUGAGAUCUGUAACAAUCUGCAGACCAAGCUCAAUGUGAUUUCCUGGCGGCAUGCAGCAAUUGCCAUCUCCCGGGCACACCUGCAGUGUGGUGGGUUCAAGCGUGACUACAGUGCCGAUGAUGGGCUGAUCGACCAGCAAGCCGGCCAUGGGUCCUGGGCUGCUGGGACGGUGUAUGCCCGGGGGCUGCAGGAGGCACCUGGCCAUAUCCAGGCACGGCGGGUGCAAUACCGGGCCAUCAGUCGGGAGUGGCAUGCCUUCCUAGGGUUUCAGGUAUCACUAGGCCCGCGGAAGCGGGGCUGGGGGGGAGGAAAGGGGAGGAGCCAGCAGCAAAGCGGCAGCGGCAGCAGCAGCCGGUUACCCGUCCAUGGCCGACAGCAAGUGUUGGGCUUCAUUGCACGCACACAGGCCACCCAGGCCGGACAGGGCAUGCAGGAGUGGUGUGGCCCACUGCCCGUGUAUGGGAUGACCGCGCGGCAGCAGCGGAAGUGGCAGAUCUUGUGGCAGCUUGCCAUGCCCACCAUGGCGAGGCCCCAACAGGCGCCCCAUCGAGCCCGGGCUCGGGCGGUCCAUAUGUUCCCCGGGGCCGGUCGGAUCCUAGAACAGGGUGGGAACCCCGGCAGUUAUCGGGCCACAGAGGGGCGUGGGGUGAGCCCCGGAGAUCAGCCCACAGCCGGGCAUGGGGUGAGCCCCGAGCAUGUGGAAGAAGCAGAGGAGACUGGCAAUGCAGGCAGCACCGAGCCGGCAUGGAUGAUGAGCCCAAUGGAGCGUGCCUGCUUGGAGUUUUGCAUUGAGCUGCUCAACCAGCGCCACCGUGCCCAUGAAUAUGAAAGCCCCCUUUUACCCCCCAUUUUAUCGCGGAUGAUCAAGCUUGCGCGGUUCAUGGUGGUGCAGAAGGCACUGUGGUUGGAUCCCCAUGUGGGGGACAUUAUUCAGAUGUGGCAGGCACAGGCUAGCACGGCGAAUGGCACAGUGAAUGGCACAGUGAAUGGCACAGUGAAUGGCACACCGGCUAGCCCAAUAGCAUGGCCGUUGGCCAGUGCAGAUGCCCAACUGGCCGAUAUCGAUGAGGGCUGUGAUAGUGCCAGUCCCACACGCCACACCCCCACCACGGUGCACGAUCGCCCGUCAUUUCAUGACCAUGUGCAGCAGAUGGUCAGCCGCUUCAUGAUCCGUGGCACCCAUGGGCCCAUGCAGACAUUGCUCGACUGGCGCACAUAUGGGUUGAAGAUCCAUUACAAUAGCACGGCGCCGGGCCAUGUGGCGUGGAUGGGAGCCGAUGAGCUGUUGUACAAGGAUCUGCAUUUCACGAUGGGUGAAUUCCGUGGGUUCAUCCACGGGUUGGUUGGGGCCACACGGGAGCUGCUGUGUGAACUAUUAUGGGCACCCGGGCUGGAACUUUUUGCACGAUCGCCGAACCCGGUGGCCCGUGGAUGGCCGGUGGUGGAUGAUCCAGCGGCUGCGCACAGAGCGCCCCGUGCAGCAGCAAUUCAUGCGCCGGGGGCGAUCCACGGCCCAUUGGUGGCACAGUAUCUGGCCCGGGUGGCCCGGUUCAAGGAGAAACUGGCCGUGGCCAUCCAUAUGACGGCGGGGCAGCCGGCACGGGCCCCCGAGCUGCUCAGUGUGCAGUAUGUCAACACGCCGAACAACCAAUUCCGCAAUGUGUUCAUUGAGGAUGGGAUGGUGACACUGGUGACUGCAUACCACAAGGGCUUCCAUGCGAGCAACGACAGCAAGCUGAUCCACCGGUAUGUGCCACGGGCGGUCGGGGGAGUUGGUGGUGUGGCCGGCACUGCGCAUGGCACGGUGAAUGGCACAUCGAAUGGUAUGUCAAAUGGCACAUCGAACGGCACAUGGAAUGGUAUGUCGAAUGGCACAUCGAAUGGUAUGUCGAAUGGCACAUCGAACGGCACAUUGAAUGGCACACGAGCCGGCACGGUGAAUGGCACGGUGAAUGGUACAGUGAAUGGCAUGUCGAACGGCACAUCGAACGGCACAUUGAACAGCACAUUGAACAGCACAUGGAAUGGCACACAAGCCGGCACAUUGAAUGGCACACUGAAUGGCACGGCGAACGGCAUACUGAAUGGCACACUGAUUGGCACACAAGCCGGCACGGCGAAUGGCACACGAGCCAGCACGGUGAAUGGCACAUCAAACAGCACAUUGAACGGCACAUGGAAUGGCACACGAGCCGGCACGGUCAAUGGCACACUGAAUGGCAGGGCGAACGGCACACUGAAUGGCACAUCAAACGGCACAGCAAAUGGCAUAUCAAACGACACACUGAAUGGCACAUCGAACAGCACAUUGAACGGCACAUCGAACAGCAUGUUGAACGGCACAACAAACAGCAUACCGAUUGGCACACGAGCUGGCACAGUGAAUGGCACAUCGAACAGCACAUUGAACGGCACAUGGAAUGGCACACCAAAUGGUACGCACAUCGAACAGCACACCGAUUGGCACACCGAUUGGCACACAGGCCGGCACAUCAAAUGCCAUGUCGAAUGGCACAACGAUUGGCACACCGAAUGGCACGGCGAACGGCACACUGAAUGGCACAUUGAUUGGCACGUCGAACGGCACACCGGCAUGGCAGCCCCCAGCCCAUAUUUAUGGGGCCCCGACCCGGGCAUGCAGCGGCCAUGGACCCCCGAGCGAUUCCGGGAGGUGUUGAAGCGGGAGACCCAGGCCCGGCUCGGCCAGGCAUUGAAUAUUCCGGCGUACCGGGACAUUGCCAUUGGCAUCAGCCGGCGGUUCCUGCGGGCAUCCAGCACAUUCACCAGUGACCGCCAGGAUGAAACGGAGCAGGCGGCGGCAUUGGAUGCUGACUGUGAGGACGGCAUGGAUGCGGACCAGUGGAUGGCGCAUAUGACGGAUUUACAGGCGGGCCAUUCAUCGCACGUGGCGGGGAUGGUAUAUGGGCGGCAGCUGAUGGAGCAGGCGGGCACAACAAGCCACCGGCGGGCAAUGUUCCGGCAGUCCAGUGUGGAUUGGCACCAGUUUCUGGGGUUCGGCUGCGGCACGGGGGUUCCAGGAGAUGUCCAUGCCGACAUUGAUGCCGGUGGGCUUCGGGCUGGCUUGGUGGAUGAAGGCAGCUGUCCAAGCCGCCGUCCCGGUCAGGAACAGGUUAGGGCUCGCUUGGUGGAUGAUCCCGGUCAGGAAUGGGUUAGGGCUUGCUUGGUGGAUGAUCCCGGUCAGGAAUGGGUUAGGGCUUGCUUGGUGAAUGAUCCCGGUCAGGAACGGGUUAGGGCUCGCUUGGUGAGUGAUCCCAGUCAGGAAGGGGUUAGGGCUCGCUUGGUGGAUGAAGGCAACCGUCCAAUUCACCAUCCCGGUCAGGAACGGGUUAGGGCUCGCUUGGUGGAUGAAGGUAGCUGUCCAAUUCACCAUCCCGGUCAGGAACGGGUUAGGGCUUGCUUGGUGAAUGAUCCCGGUCAGGAACGGGUUAGGGCUCGCCCCGUGCUUGGGAAACGCAAGCGGGCCCCAUGGCAGGUGGAGGCUGAGGAGCACCACAUGGAGCGGCGCCACCAGCUGCAGACCAUGGACAUGGCCGCUGCGCUGCAGCAGAUGACCGGUCAGGCCGGCAUGCAGUUCCAGGGCAUCCAGGCACCCGCCAUGGCGGCGAUCCAGCAGGGCAAGAGCCCCGUGGUGGCAGUCAUGCCCACCGGCGGUGGGAAAAGCAUGUUAUUCAUGUUGCCCGCGUGGGCCGUCCCCGGGGGCACCACCAUUGUGGUGGUGCCAUUGAUCUCGCUGCGGCAGGAUAUGCAGCAGCGGUGCCGGCGGCUAGGCAUCCCAUGUAUGGCAUGGGACCGGCAGCAGCCAUGUGAUGAAGCAGCCAUUGUGCUGGUCACACCGGAAUCGGCUGUCACCCCCGAUUUCCAUUCAUUCAUCAACCGGUUGGUGGUGAUGCAGCGGCUGGACCGGGUGGUGAUUGAUGAAUGCCACAUCAUUAUGAACCAGCAGAAGAACUUCCGGUCCGCCAUGGCACAGCUUGGGAAGCUCGUUCGGGCCCGUACACAGAUGGUGUUUUUAACGGCCACAUUGCCCCCCGAGAUGGAACCGGAGUUCAGCCAGCGCAUUCACCACCCACAGGAUCAGAUCGAUAUAUAUCGGGCCCGCACGAGCCGCGGCAAUGUGGCAUAUGGGGUGUGGCGGCCACCGAUUCCACACACUGCACCACAUGGAUAUGGAUGGGAGCAGGAUGCCUGGAUUAUUCAGUUCCUGCAGGCGCAGCUCCAGUGGGCCCGGGCCCGGGGGGAAGAUGGUGAUAUAUGCCAACCGGGUCCACCAGGUGCAGGCGAUGGCGGCGGUAUUGGGAUGUGA